AUGCAAAAUUUGAUCCCCAUCGACGAUUUUUACAGGUAAUUUUUAUGUUUUCACUUUCAAAUAUUGGUAAAAUCUUUCUAUAAGAAAAGGGGCAAAAAAUAAAUUUGUUAUAAAAGUUUGUUAUAAGGUUGUUAAUUUUGGCGAAAAAUUGACUCUGAAGGCAUUUGAAACUGUUUGCUAUCAGUCUCAUUAUUUUCCCGACAGACUGAUAGACUGUUUUUGCUGAAAGUUCCUGCAUUCAGUGCCUAAAACAUCCAAAAAUUGCCUUUAGAUCUCCCGCCCGUCAUUAUGGCGGCGCUUUCAACGAGCAUCGACUGUUUGGAGGCCAAUGCGUAGCACAAAUGUAUCUGGCAACCAAAAGGUUGCGUCCUGGAUUCCUCCCAAACAGAAUUGAUGUCAAAUUUUUGCGACCCGGAACAACGUUGGACCCUGUUGAUUACUUUGCGCCUAAUUUGGAGAUGGACUCACAUCAUGUUGUUUUGGAGGCAAAACAAAGUGGGAAAGUGCUGAACAGAGGGCAUUUAAGGGUAAGCUGAAUUUUUAUCGAUUUUUUGGGGGUGUUUGGUGUGAAGAGGGAGCCUUGGAAAGAGGCCACUUUGGCCAAGAAAUCACCCUAACAAAGAAGGCAUCUUGGUGAAUAGGGCACUUUAGCGAUGAGGACACCUUCACAGAGAGGCCACUGUGACAAUGAGGGCACCUUGGCAAAAGGGGUGUCUUGGCGAAGAGUGCGCCAAGCGAAAAGGGCACUUUGGCGAAGAGGGCACCUUGAAAAAAUGGACAUCUUGGUGAAGACGCCACCUCGGCGAAGAGGGCACCCAAGUUUUUCGAAGAGCGCCUUGAAAAACAGAUACGGCUAAAGGGGAUCAAGGCUUGGCUAUGCCUCAAAAAAUUUAUAUUGAAGAUCGAUUCUAGCGUUUUCUUUCGGGCGAAGGGUUUCAAUUCAAAGUUCGCCUUGGUCACCUCUUGCUAUAUCAUUUAUGGCUGACCAAAAGCAAAUCAUGCUUACAAAAACCCGCCUCGGUCCUCCCUCCCCCCUUGCCAUACCCUUUUUUCAUAACGUUCACUCUUCCUCAAGUGCCGUCUUCGCCGAGGGCCCUCUUAAAAAAAAUUUGGUGCCCUCUCCAUCAAGGUGUCCUCAUUGGACCAAAGCUUCUUUUGAGGAACGAUCUCAAGGCUUUGCUCGGCCUCUAGCUGUUUCUUAAGUUUUUCCCCGACGUUCACACACUGAUACAGUGAAAAAAUUGGCUAUUGAACAACGGUAAACCCAUCUUUUUACUGUUCCCCAUUUCAGGUGGCCAACAAAAAAUACGCAAAAGGCGACACGGUGAAGCCUCUAAAAUCAUUUGAUGUAACAACCCUUCCCCCGCCUGCUGAAUGCUCCGAGCGUUCGACAAUGAUCGCGCCGUCGUAUGUCAAUGCGUGGUUGGAGAGCCAUGGCUAUCAAAAACCUUAUACGGAUGGUCUGGAAAGAGAGAGCGUAUUUGAAAUCCGACCAAUUCGGCUGUAUGAUUACGAAAAAGAAAGGCGACAGCAACCGUUGCUGAUGUGGAUGAGGCUCUCCAAUUCUGUUAGAGGUGAGAAUGUAGCCUGUGAUUUUUGACAGGGGAAGUGCGUGAAAAUAGGCCUAAAUUUAGAUUAUUUUUCCUAUGUAAGACUGUGUGUAGGUUUCUAGCUUGCAGUUUGUGGUAUUCUAUUGGUAACAACUGAGAUUUUUAGUCAAAAUUUUGACAAAAAUUAGGAACUUUUUUGCGAAUUUUGGCAUGAAAAUUAUCAUUCAUAUUUCUUACAGUGUAGAGCAAUGUUUCUGAAAAAAUUUUUAUUUUUUCAAAAUUGGCAUAGAUACCGCCAAAAAUGCUUUCCUUUCUCACCGCUCUCCGCAUUUAGCGCAGUCUCUCUUCCCCAAUAAUUGAAUAUCUCGGUUCUCCUUGCAAAUUGCGGGCUAAACUUUCCAUUGUAUCUGAUAUGUAGACUAUGCCUACAUGUACACCAAAGUAUCAGUCUGUCGGGAAAAUAAUGUGGAUUUGUCACUUCUUAGAAUCCGCCAUCAUCGCUUUGCGACGGCUAGCCGCGGCUGGGGAUUUGCAAGCCUUGACAUUUUGCUACGACAAAUUCACAUUAUUUUCCCGACAGACUGAUAAAACAAUACCUCAGCGUAGCAUCUCAGACGCUUUUUUUAUAAAUUACAUAAUACUUUGAGAAAGUUCCUUAUUCUGGCCACAACAAAGGUACUUUGCGAACUGCGCCCAAGCUUGGGAACUAAAGAAAAAAACCGUUUUGACCUAACUAACACUGAAUUACUGUAAUAGCUCUAUAGUUUUAAGGGUACCUACGAAGACGACUCAUUUAGUUCCAUACGGAGGCAAUAAGUUUAGUUCCGGACAUGUCUCAUCGUAUAAAGUGUAAAAUCUCAGGCUGCAGCCGUUUUUGAAGGGCAAGGUGGUACGUAAAAAAGAAGGUACCUCACAAACUGAGUCCACUGUCCGAGCAUUGACAACGAUGAACAGAGCCUACACGCUAAAUUUGAGCUAAUUCUGACCAGUUUCCGCAAAGUUAUAAGUUGUGGCCAGAAUAACGAACUUUUACCCAUACUUUUAGACUGCGAAGUUGAUGACCCAUUAUUUGCUCCAUUGAUUUUCUCCGACUUCUUGGUUGGCCUCCCGGCGGAAGUGAUAUUGAACGAAAAGCCAGGUCAUAUGAUUCCCAGUAUGGCCUCCAUGGAUCAUAAAGUCAUCAUUCAUAAGCACGAUGGGUUUGAUGUAAGUGGUAUUUUGAAAAAUGUAAAUUGAUGUCAUUUUUUUAGCCUAAGGCCUUUUUCGUUGUAAUGCAGCAAGUUGAAGUCGCAACUGAUAUGGUCAUUUUGCAUGGGACAAUAAUGACAAAACAAGGGAAGCCCGUUAUAAGUUAUGUCCAGCAGUCUUUGUAUCAAAAAUUGUUGCCAUUGACAGCAAAAUUGUAGUAAAUUCGAACUUAUUUGUUGCUCCACGGAGACGGUUUGAAAACAAUAUCUAUAUAACGGAAGAAGUGCUGAAAAGUGCGCUGCUUAGAUUUCGAUAAUACUUGACACAACUAUAGAUCAACUUUUAUCAAGGUCCUUGACAAAAGUUGAUCUAAAUUUAGCCCGCGCUUUGCAGAAACGACGGAGAUUUUCAAAUCGAAAGUAGGCAAAAAUGUGAUUUUUUUUUACGAAUUUUGGCACCAAAGCUCCGUGCCUAUUUCUACUGUAGAGGUAACGUUUCCACAAAAACAAAACCAAUUGUUUUUGCUCAAAACUAGCAAGGAUACGGCCAAAAAAUAUUUUUAUCUCUGACCGCUCUCCACGUUUUGCGUACUCUCUGGGCGGCAAAGAUCGUUUAGAGAUUCGUUUAAAAUAGUUUCCACCAAAAAUUCCAUCAGUUUUUUUCCACACAAAAUAUAUAGCAAAAAUAUGGCCAAAAAGAGUUUUUUCUCUCUUCAUCUCUCAUUUUUUGGCCUGCUCUCUCGGCGGCCAAGAUCGUUGAAUAUCUCAGCUGCUCCUGCAAAAAAAAAACGCCUAUUGCACAGUGCAAAGUCAACGUUUGUUUUCUCACAGUGCAUGUCGCGGAUUUUUGUCCGGCGACUUUCCGAAAGGCCUAGUUGAAAAGAGUAUUUGUUGCUCUAUUGCUCAAACUUCUGCAACAAAAUUCACGGACUACAAGGUCCAGUUAAGAUUCAGAUGAAUCCUGUCUUCGGAGAGUUCGAUUGAACCCAUAUCGGCCCUGAAUUCCAUCGCCAUUGUUCGCCGCUGAAUGGUCGACAUUGUGAAGUCUGUUUGCAGUUUUAGUCAAAUGAUCAUUUUUUGUCGGAGAAAGGGUUAUGAACCCUAAUGUUUGCAUAGAAAGAUGUGGAAAUAAGUGGAAGAAUAGAAGGCUUACGAUAUUAAAACUUGUAAACGACAAAUUUACAAUACAUUUUCAGCUAAACUAGCAGAUUUUGAGUAUAAUCAAGCUUAAAAAAUUGUUUAAAUUAUUUCAGUUUUUAACAGUGAUAUAAGGUAUAUUAAAGGUUACAGUAAUCCCGAAAGAUGAAAAGAUACAAAAAUUGUUUCAAUUACGAAAACGUUGGCCAACGUCGAAAACAGCAACACGAAAAGUUUUGGGGCCAGAGAGCUAUCACUUAGCCCAUAAUAACGGCCAGUCUGUAAAAUACAUAAUGUUACAGUAUUCCUAGAGUUUUUGAAAUUUCGCGAAACCCCUUGGCGCUUUUCAUCAGCAUGCUCUGGCCCUUCUACAGGCCAAGUUUCAUGAAAUUUGGUGGAUCGUUGCAGCAAUUUCCAGGCCUUGUGGAGGGAAGCUACAGUCUGUAAAAAACUCUGUUUUAAACAACAUCUAAAUUUGUUCAUUAUAGGCAAAUUUUGUUGUAAUAGAGUCCGUGGUAAAAGCUCCUUAUUCUGGCUACAACUUAUAACUUUGCGGAAACUGCUCAGAAUUAGCCCAAAUUUGGCGUGCACGCUCAAUUCAUUGCUGUCAAUCCCCGGACAAUGGAUUUAGUUAGUGAAGUGCCUUCUUUUUUUCGUACCACCUUACCCUUGAAAAAACAGCUGCAGUCUGCGAUUUUACACUUUAUACGAUGAAACCUGUCCGGAACGAAACUUAUUGCCUCCGUGUCGAACUAAAUGAGUCGUCAUAGACUUCAUAAGUACCCUUAAAGUUAUAUAGCCACUCUACUAAUUCAGUGUCAGUUAAAUUACCGGUCGAAGCCUUUUUUCCUAACUUUGGUUUCCAAGCUUGGGCGCAAUUCGCAGAGUACCUUUGUUGUGGCCAGAAUAAGGAACUUUUCAGGCACAGGCUACUUUUGUGCAAGUACCUUCUGCAUUCAUUGCCAAAUUUUUUCACUUGUUUUUUUUACAAUCCCUCUAAAGUCAACUGUUUGAAAAUGCAGCGUAAUUCAAAUAUUUGCCGAUAUAACAGGUUGGGUCGGGUAGAGUAAACAUUCGAGAAUUAACAAGAAAGUUACAGUCAAAACAAACAAUUGGUUUGAGCUGUCUUGUGCAAUUUAGAAUGGAUUUUCUGGAUCUUUCCACAAAAAAAGGCAAAAAAAAUAAUUGAAAUGGGUGGGUCCUUAAGUAAAAUUCAACAAAAUCAGCGCAAUUUUGGGGGUAUUUAAAGCAGAAAAGUUCGAAAUUUUAAGUCAUCAACAAUUUUGAACACUAGAUUUGCCUCUACUCCUCUAAUAUCACCAUUAAAAUGGCCUUCUCCCGUGUUGCCCUCUGCCUGCUCGCCAUUCUGUUGAUCGGCAUGGUCAUGGAACAAGCGACCGCGCAAUAUUACUACGGCUACGGCUAUGGCUACCCGUACUACGGCUACGGAUACUAUGGAAAGAGAGCCGCCGGCUUCGGACCUGUUGUCGGAGAGAACAUUGUCAGCCCAGUGCGAGAUUAA